UUUUAGUCACUUUUAACGCAUUUACGUAAAUUUUGUGAUUAAUAAGAAAAAAGUUAAUUUUUUGAAUUAAAUAGUAAGAUGUCUCGCAACUUGCAAAGAUUUUUCAUAAAUUGUCGCAAUCAACUGGCUGGCCGUAAUGGGAGUUUCAAUAAAACACAAAAUUUAACGGUGCAACAAUGUCGUUUUGCGGCAACAGAUCCCGUAAAGGGAAAAGGACCAAUUACAUGGAAAAGUUUUGCUGCCAUAGGUGGUAUGGGGGCAGUUGGUCUAGCCUUUAUGCUGUACGUUAAACACGAAAAGGAAGAAGCUAUUUUAAAGGAACGUAAGCGUCAGUUGGGCAAGGCCGCAAUUGGUGGACGGUGGGAGUUGAUAGAUGCCCAAGGUAACUUGAGAAAGUCUGAAGACUUUUUGGGCAAGUGGCUAUUAAUAUAUUUUGGUUUUACCCACUGUCCCGAUAUAUGUCCUGAUGAAUUGGAAAAAAUGGCUGCUGUGGUUGAUGAAAUUGAAAAGUCUCCUCAGAACUUGGAAGUACAACCCAUAUUCAUCACAGUCGAUCCAGAACGUGACUCCAAAGAAGUUGUGGCUAAAUAUGUCAAGGAAUUUUCUCCAAAGUUGCUGGGUCUUACCGGUACUGUGGAACAAAUAAGCAAAGUUUGCAAAGCAUUUAGAGUUUAUUUCUCAGCCGGUCCCCGUGAUCAAGAUAAUGAUUAUAUCGUUGAUCAUACCAUUAUUAUGUAUUUAGUAAAUCCCGAGGGUGAAUUUGUCGACUAUUAUGGCCAAAAUCGUGACAAAGAUCAGUGUGUUAGUUCAAUAUUAAUGAACGUAGCCAAAUGGAAUUCAUUGAAUAAGAAAUCGUGGUUCAGUUGAAUUCCAAUGAAACUUAAUACAUUUUAAUAUGCUGUUAUCUGUACAAAAAAGAGUUGUAUAUGAAAUUUACUUUAAUUUAAGGCGCUUGAUUGCAUUAUCUUUUUCUUGAAAUAAAAUAUUUAUAACAAA